UUCAUAAUUCAUCUCAAGAGUUCCAAAAAGAAAAACUUAUACUAUUAGCUAUGGCUAAGAAAAAUGGCCUUAUUACCUUUCUCAUUUGCAUUUUUCUACUUGUCAACUUGUGUUUAGCAAGUAGUGAGAAUCCUGAUUCAUUCUCAAACGAUGAAAUUGAUACUGCAGAAACUAAUAUGGAACCAGAUUGGUGGUGGUCUUGGUAUCGUUAUCGAUGGUUCCAUCCCCGCCCAUGGGCAUUUGCUCAUCCACCCAUGUCUUCUGGAGGUUUCCGCCACAAGUUUCCCUCUCAUCCAUGGUUCAACCAUCCACCACGUGCGUCUCCAUCUUCAAAGUCCGAAAUUGCCACUACAGAAGCCGCUGAUAAGGAACUAGAUUGGUUUUGGUGGUAUCGAUGGUUCCAUCCACGUCCAUGGGCAUUUGCUCAUCCACCCAUGUCUUCUGG